AUGUCGUUUGGUGCCUUUGGAACGGCAUCCGCCCAGCCCUCAGGCUCUGCCUUCGGCGCGUUCGGGUCCACACAAAACACCUCUGGGCCCCUGGCCGGCAGCUCGCUCUUCGGCAACAACACAAACACGAACACGGCGGGCGGUGGGUUGUUCGGCGCGACGAACACAAACACGAACGCGCAACCGUCGGGCGGGCCAUUUGGGGCGACGACGGGCGGCGGGCCGUUCGGGACCAUGAACCCGCCUGCGGGAGGAGGGCCGUUCGGAAACACGAACGCGACGCAACAGCAGACGAACGCUUCUGUGCCGUCGGGGGGACUCUUUGGCUCUACGCAGCCGGCCCAGACAGGUGGUCUUUUCGGGAACACGAACACGAACCCCUCUGGGAACGUCGGAAGUGGCUUGUUCGGUUCCACGAAUACGACGACGACUGGCGGAGGACUCUUUGGCACCACCAACGCAAACACGACAGGAGGAGGCCUGUUCGGGACCACCAACACUACGGCUCCCUCAGGCGGUAUGUUUGGAAGCACCACCGCUGCUCCGAGUGGCGGGCUUUUUGGCAACACCGCGAACACAACCGGCGGCGGAAUGUUUGGCAACACCAACACCAACACCACCGCUCCAUCUAGUGGCCUGUUUGGAUCAACCGCCACUGGAGGAGGCCUUUUCGGCAGCACCACCGCAGCACCGACAACCGGCGGGGGGCUCUUUGGGUCCACCGCGCCCGCCACGGGGACCUCCGGAGGGCUCUUUGGCAACACGACCCAGCCGCAAGCUGGCUCGUCGUUCUUCAGUUCGACCAACCAACCGGCCCAAACCGGCUCGCUGUUCGCGAACAUGGGUCAGCAACAAAGACCAGCGAACACCGGGCUUUUCGGCGCGGGGGGUAGCAUCCUCGGGGCCAGCACGAUAGGGGGUGGGGCGUUGGGCGCGAGCAACCUGUUCACAUCCAAGUCCGGCGCACCUAACCCGCAACAAGACGCACAGACGCAGUCGGCGCAGCUCCAGCAGAAGAUCGAGAGCAUCGCCAGUGCGUGGAAUCCGAACAACCCGCAGUGCCGAUUCCAGCACUACUUCUACAACCUCGUGGAGCCGUCCCAAGUGCACCUGUACGGGCGGCCAGCGAAUGCGACGAAUGAGGCACAGUGGCAGAAGGCCAUGAGGGAGAACCCGGAUCCCAGCUGUUUUGUUCCGGUCAUCGCAACGGGCUUCGACGAUCUGCAAAAGCGGGUAGAAGCGCAGACUCAGCAGGCCGCCACGCAUCAAGAGAGGAUCAAGGAUCUUCAAGCUCGGAUAGCUGCGCUCGUCCAGGCGCACCAGCUGAAAAACGCAUCACGGCUGCAACGCGCUUCGGCCCUACAGACGCAGCUGACGCACCGGGUGCUCAAGCUUGUCCAACAUUUGCACCUUCUCAUCCCCGCCCUCCGUUCCUCCGCCCUCCGCCCCGAAGAAGAGGCGCUUCGGACCGCGCUCGAAGAGCUCGACGAAGAAGUGCGCCGGCCAGGCGGGACGGGGCGGAUUCGUGGGAAGCUGAAUGAGCUGUGGGCGCUCGUUGGGGCAGUGAGCGCGGCACGGGACCGGGACCGGCGGGCGGGUAGGGUGGAAUGGACGGUGGUGGACGAGGAUGGGUUGGCGCAGAUUGCGCAGGUUCUCGCGGACGAGCAGGCGGGGUUGGUGCACCUGACGAAGUUGCUGCAUCAGGACAUGAAGGAUCUCGCGGUGAUACAGGGCACGGGUCCAGAGGAGGACCCGGAGUCGUUCAUGUCGUCGACGGCGACGCUCAGGGCGAGCACGUUGUAA